UCAGGGCUGUCACUACUAAAGACACAGGGGAGAGGGAGCAGCCUGCACUCUGCUGUUCUGCACUCAGCCCAGUCCUGACAGCUGGAGACAUCAUGCAGGCUGAAUCAGGGAUUGUACCUGACUUUGAGGUGGGAGAAGACUUCCAAGAAGAGCCCAAGACCUACUACGAGCUGAAAAGUCAGCCCCUAAAUUACAGCAGCUCAGCGGAGCAUCCAGGAGCGUCCAAGCCUCCACUAAGCUCCUCCAAUAUGACAUCACGGAUUCUGCUACGCCAGCAGCUCAUGCGUGAGCAGAUGCAGGAGCAGGAACGUCGUGAGCAGCAACAGAAGCAGCAGGCGGCUCAGUUCAUGCAGCAGAGAGUGGCAGCCAGUCACACACCAGCCAUCAACGUCAGCGUGUCCACCAGCCUGCCAUCUGCUGCCCAGGUACCAAUGGAGGUUCUCAAGGUGCAGACUCACCUUGAAAACCCGACAAAAUAUCACAUCCAACAAGCACAAAAGCAGCAGGUGCAGCAGUACUUAACUACAGCCAAACAUUGCAACAAAGCACUAAGCCUGCCCUGUCCCAACCAGCCUGGGGACCACAUCAUGCCACCCGGUCCAGGGAACAGUGCGCCUAACAGCCCCAUGGCUAUGCUGACGCUAAGUACAACCACCUGCGAGAAAGAGAUGGACGACGUAAUCGACGACAUUAUAAGCUUGGAAUCUAGUUAUAAUGAAGAACUGCUCAUGAUGGAUCCUGGAAUGCAGAUGGCAAACACGAUAAGACAAGCUGGAUCAUUCCUCCCCCAUAUGCCGGUGUCGGCAGGUUUGAUUGACAUUUAUGGAAAUCAAGGUAUGCAAGCUCCAGGGUUAAACAUCAGUAAUUCAUGUCCUGCUAAUCUUCCCAAUAUCAAAAGGGAGCUUACAGAGACAGAGAUCAGAGCGCUCGCCAAGGAGAGGCAGAAGAAAGACAAUCAUAAUCUCAUUGAGAGAAGGAGAAGGUUUAACAUCAACGACCGUAUAAAAGAAUUAGGAACCCUCAUACCCAAAUCGAGUGACCCGGACAUGCGAUGGAACAAGGGGACGAUCCUGAAGGCCUCGGUGGAUUAUAUCCGCAAACUGCAGCGAGAGCAACAACGCUCCAAGGAGAUGGAGAAUAAGCAGAAGAAGCUAGAACAUGCAAACCGACACCUGCUGCUGAGAAUACAGGAGCUGGAAAUGCAAGCCAGAGCCCACGGACUUUCCAUUAUGCCCACGACUGGCCUCUGCUCUUCUGACCUGGUGAAUCGCAUCAUCAAGCAAGAACCAAUGUUGGACAGCUGCAACCAAGAACUGUUACAAAACCACCACGAUCUUACUGGCACCUCCACACUGGAUCUCAACGAUGGCACCAUCACUUUUAGCAACAACAUAAGGAACAUUACUGACUCUCCCACCGCCUACAGCAUGCCCACAAAGAUGGGCUCCAAACUGGAAGACAUAUUCAUGGACGAUACUCUUUCUCCAAGAGUACACGAUGUACUUCACUCAUUAUCUCCCGGCACCUCCAAAGCAAACAGCAGGAGGAGCAGCAUCAGUAUGGAAGAAAAUGACCACCACUGUUAGCACUGGGUGGAAAACGCCUUUCUAAAGACUUCCAUAUCUUGUACUAUUUUGGAGCAGUAGAUUUCUAGAUAGUUCCACUUGAUAGAAAUUUCGCUGUGUUUCAUCCAUAGGCCAGCACUUGUGCUUUUGUUUUUAUUUUUAGAUUUUUUUUUGUAAAGAUACUUGUGUAUUUUAUUACUUGCUUUGCCUCCAAAGUAUUGUGCAUGAGAGGUCUAGAUCUAUCCACUUCACGGACAUAACCGAUUGUCAGGCCAGAUCUAUUUCAGCCAGUAGCCCUGUAUCAGCGGCCAGGUAUCCAUCUGUCCGGGAUGAACUUGCAGUGAACCAUAUGUCAAUUCAAGCAUUGCAAUGAAUGUAUAGAAACCAAAUAUCUAUAUUCUGGAGAGAAGCUUCCAUAGAUCUAUCUUCUAAACUCCAUUUGGUGGAAUGAUGUAGAUCAGAAGAAGAAAGGUUCUGUGACUGUAGUCAGUGAUGUACAUAGACGAGAGGUGGACUCCAUAGCAAAGUGCAAAACAGGCCUCAUUACAGUGCCCAGUUUUGCGACCCACAAUAGAGGGCCCUGCUGGUUGCUUCACCCCAUCCAUGACCGCUUGGCCAGUUACCAAUCCCAUUGAUUACUACCCAUGCAGUUCCUCAGGGUAGUGGAUUCCUGCACAGGUUCUCACCACCAAAAAGCAGUGGGGAUGACACCAACCAGGGCUGAGCCCCCUCUCUCUAUGGCCUUAUAGCAGCGGUAUGGAUUGCCUUUAUGGUAUGUCCACCCUCAACUGUAGCAGACACGGUAGUAGGUUCUUGGCUUAGUAUUUCCAUUGCCAUUGAUCAGCAAAUACAAAACAGAAUGUGUUAAGGCUUUUCAAGCAGUAUUUUUAUUUAUUUUUUGCAUUUUUUGACCUUAGUAUGAUAUAUGAUCUCAGGAUUUCAAAGCCUCAUGGAGCACCUUUGGAAGUGUAAUUCCCUAAUGGGGCUCCAGACUGGAGGCACACUUUAAUGUCUUAUUCAGGUCCGAUCUGUAAAACUCUAUUCCAAUUUUCGGGGAUAUUUAUAAAAUUAAAGUAAAUGAUUGACUAAAUUAAAGGAACUCUGUAGCUAAAACUGAUAUACAAUGCCUAGUGCUGGGUCAGGAGGAAGGAGAUUCACACACAGGUUCUUUCUUUGUCAUGCCCCCUCCUCUUCAGGCCUAGGACUAGACAUUACACAGUGUAUCAGUUUUAGCUGGAGUGUUCCUUAAUCUUUUUGUUCAGUUUAUGUUCUACAUAUUUUUCCUAACCUGUGAAGUUUGACAUGGCAAAAUUGGAAACUUUACAGUAAAACUAUUUUUACCAAGUCUAAAAAAAUUCUGAUGAUAUUGCAUUCAUUUCUGGUACAGCAAAACCUAACCACCCAAAAUCUCACUGGUGGAGAACUUGAUGUUUAAAACAAGUUAUUUUACAUGCCUGUGUCUAUCUGAUAGUGUUAUGAUAAUCAGUCUUGUGGAUGAGCAAAAACAUUUUACUGUCGAGGGAUUGUAGAGAAACAAAAACAUUGAAUGAAAUCCAUAAGGAGUAGAAAAGAUGAAAAACCCCCAACCAAAUUCCAGAGAAGAUCCCGUCAUCAUUCAUAGACCUCCCUCUCUAUUGUAGUGAAUGAGAUGAAUUAAUUCUUUAAAUGCGUUGCCAUCAGGUCAAGUUCCCUUUAUAGAUUUUGGAAGACUUGCUGUAGACCUUUGCUGGUUGGUCUUUAAAAUGUUGGACCUUUAGUUUUAUACUGUAGAAGAUAUUGUAUAUGUAGACGUAACCUACAUCAAUCUAGGCAUUAGAACCUCCUUUAUAUCUAGUGAGAUCUUCCAUGUAGGAUUGACCCUUAAAUUUUUUUAUGGUACUCAAUAAUAUACAAUAGAGAAGAAAGCUUGAUGGUCUGUAGUCUAGCGUAGUGUCAUAAAGUAUAGGAAGUUAAGGUGGUAGAUGCAGUUUACAUUUUGGGUGGUACACUUGGGUAUAGUUACUUGUGCACUAGAGCAGACUAGUACCCUACAUGCUCAUCAUGUCUCAUGCUGUUACUUCAAACUUCAGAUGCAGAAUGAAGUUCUUAUGCUCCACAGAUUCUUGAAGGUCUAUGGGGUUCUUCUGCCCUACACAUUGUUGAAAGUCUGUGUGGUUCUUUAGCCCCACAGUUUCUUGAAGGUAUAUGGGGUAUCUCUGCCCAACAGAUUCUCUGAGAUCUUGUCUUACUCCUGCUGCUUCCUUAGACUGUCCAUGACCCCUAAUCCAUUUAUGAUCUAAAUAAGUAAAAGUUCUUCAGUAGCUUUCAUCAUAAAGCAAUUCUACCCAAAGAGUUCCUACACAUGGAUGAAAUUAUCUUUUAUGCAUAAAAACUAAGACUUUACAACAAGGGAUUACAUUCAUGCAUCUACUAGUCUGUGAGGUUCUUCUGCUUUGGUUGGCUAAUAUGCAACCCCUUUUACUUUUGUGAUAGAAGAAAGAAGCUGCGCUUGGUUGUCACUUUCUUAGUUCUUGAGUGGACAAUUUAUGUCUUGCCCAUGUGUACUUUUUGAAAGCAGCAUACUGUACUGUGAAGGUGCCAAACAGUUUCACUUUACAUGGGUUAUCUAGGAUUACAAAAAUAUGGCGACUUUCUUCAAAAUAAUAGUGCCACACCCAUCCAUAGGUUGGAUGAAAUGGCAAACUCAGCUUGGCUAGUGUUAUUUAAUCAGUUGUUUUGGCAUACACAAGAUGUUUAGUUUUUUUGUUUUGUUGUGGAUGAGCAGUGUACAGUACCAAGAAGUGUCUGCUGUUUUUGAAGAUUUAAUGCCACUCCUGUCCUUGGACUGUAUUUGGCAUGACCCUUCUUUUGUAACCCCAGAUAACCCCUUCUAUUUUAGUUAUCCAAUAUGGAUGCCAUUUCCUCAGGUUGGUAUAGUCAUUUUUGCAGUUCGCUCUUUACAUUUUAUGGGCUCA